UGUGCCGUCUUUGGGGCGUCUUUGGAUUUAACCACUAACACCACAAGAUGUAAAAGAUGAUAUAGACGGAAUUGUCUAAAUAUAUUUUAUCCUAGCGGCGUGGAAAACCUUAAAACAGCAUGCUGUUUGUUUAGAAUUCCAUUAGACAUUGAACUCAGCACCAACGUGCAGUCUGUAGCGUGUGUUUGCUGCGCUAGUUCGUCAACAACAUGGAGAAAUAAACUCAAAGCUCAUCUAAUGUUGCUAGCUCGAAAGAAAACACAUUUAAACAAGCUUGGUUACUUUCUCUUUCGCGUGGGAAGUGAACCGCUGCCAAGAUGGUGAAGGAGCAGUUCAGAGAGACGGACGUGGCCAAGAAAAUAAGCCACAUUUGCUUCGGCAUGAAAUCAGCUGAUCAAAUGCGUCAGCAGGCCCACAUUCAGGUGGUCAGCAAGAACCUGUACAGCCAGGACACCAAACACUCGCCGCUGCCUUACGGAGUGUUGGACCACCGCAUGGGGACCAGCGAGAAAGACCGACCGUGCUUAACGUGCGGGAAGAAUCUGGCCGACUGUUUGGGACACUACGGCUACCUGGAUCUGGAACUGCCGUGUUUUCACGUCGGCUACUUCAAAGCCAUUAUUGGAAUCUUGCAGAUGAUUUGCAAGACGUGCUCGAGCAUCAUGCUGACCAAAGAAGAGAAGCUCCAGUUCAUGGACAUGCUGAAACGGCCCAACCUGCCGUACCUCCACAAGCGAGGGCUGAAGAAGAAGAUCUCAGACAAAUGCCGCAAAAGAAGCGUUUGUCUCAAUUGUUCGGCGUUCAACGGCACGGUGAAGAAGUGCGGCCUGCUGAAGAUCAUCCACGAGAAGUACAAGAGCAGCAAGAAGGUGGUGGAGCCUUUCGUGUCCGAGUUCCUGCAGUCCUUUGACACGGCCAUCGAGCACAACAAACUCAUGGAGCCGCUUUUGGGGCGGGCGCAGGAGAACCUCAACCCUCUGGUGGUGCUCAACAUCUUCAAGCGCAUCCCACGAGAGCAUGUGCCGCUGCUGCUGAUGAACCCCGAGGCGGGCAAACCGGCCGACCUCAUCCUCACCCGCCUGCUGGUGCCCCCGCUCUGCAUCCGGCCCUCCGUGGUCAGCGACCUCAAGUCGGGCACCAACGAGGACGACCUCACCAUGAAGCUCACGGAGAUCAUCUUCCUCAACGACGUCAUCAAAAAGCAUCGCAUGAGCGGCGCCAAGACGCAGAUGAUCAUGGAGGACUGGGACUUCCUGCAGCUGCAGUGCGCGCUGUACAUCAACAGCGAGCUGUCCGGCAUCCCGCUCAACAUGGCGCCCAAGAAGUGGACCAGAGGCUUCGUGCAGAGACUCAAGGGCAAGCAAGGUCGAUUCCGAGGCAAUCUGUCGGGCAAAAGAGUGGACUUUUCGGGCAGAACCGUCAUCUCCCCCGACCCGAACCUGAGGAUCGACGAAGUGGCCGUGCCCGUGCACGUGGCCAAAAUCCUGACCUAUCCGGAGAGAGUGAACAAAGCCAACCUGGAGCUCAUGAGGAAACUGGUCCGCAACGGCCCGGACGUUCACCCCGGCGCCAACUUCAUCGAAAAUCGACGCAACCAAAUGAAAAGGUUCUUGAAAUACGGCAACCGAGAGAAGAUUGCGCAGGAGCUGCGCUUCGGCGACGUGGUGGAGAGGCACAUGAUCGACGGAGACAUCGUCCUGUUCAAUCGACAGCCCUCGCUGCACAAACUCAGCAUCAUGGCUCACAUUGCCCGAGUGAAGCCUCACCGGACUUUCCGCUUCAACGAGUGCGUGUGCACGCCGUACAAUGCCGACUUUGACGGCGACGAGAUGAACCUCCACCUGCCUCAGACCGAGGAGGCCAAAGCUGAGGCUCUGGUGCUAAUGGGGACAAAAGCUAAUCUCGUCACGCCAAGAAAUGGCGAGCCGCUGAUCGCUGCUAUUCAGGACUUCCUGACAGCCGGCUACCUCCUGACGCUGAAGGACACCUUCUUUGACCGAUCCAAAGCCUGUCAGAUUGUGGCGUCCAUCCUCGUGGGCAAGGACGAAAAAGUCAGGAUCGCGCUCCCCCGCCCGGCUAUAAUGAAGCCCAUGGCUCUGUGGACAGGCAAGCAAAUAUUCAGCCUCAUCCUGAAGCCGAGCAAAGAUUGUCCCGUCAAGGCCAACCUGCGGACCAAGGGCAAGCAGUACUCUGGCAAAGGCGAGGACUUGUGCCACAACGACUCAUUCGUGGUGAUCCACAACAGCGAGCUGAUGUGUGGAAGCAUGGACAAGAGCACCUUGGGCUCAGGCUCCAAGAACAACAUCUUCUACAUCCUGCUGAGAGACUGGGGACAGCUGGAGGCGGCCAACGCCAUGUCCCGCCUCGCGCGACUCGCCCCCGUGUAUCUGUCUAACCGAGGGUUUUCCAUCGGCAUCGGGGACGUGACGCCCGGCCAGGGUCUGCUGAAGGCCAAGCAGGACCUGCUGGACGACGGCUACCGCAAAUGCGACGAGUACAUCGAAGCCCUGCGGACGGGCAAGCUGCAGCAGCAGCCCGGCUGCUCGGCCGAGGAGACCCUGGAGGCCCUCAUCCUGCGUGAGCUGUCGGUCAUCAGAGACCGAGCUGGCAGCGCCUGCCUCAGGGAACUGGACAAGAGCAACAGUCCUCUGAUCAUGGCUCUCUGCGGCUCGAAAGGAUCUUUUAUUAACAUCUCUCAGAUGAUUGCAUGCGUGGGCCAGCAGGCCAUAAGUGGAUCUCGAGUACCUGAUGGUUUUGAAAAUCGCUCCCUGCCUCACUUUGAAAAGCACUCCAAAUUGCCCGCCGCGAAAGGCUUCGUGGCCGACAGCUUCUACUCUGGCCUGACGCCCACGGAGUUCUUCUUCCACACAAUGGCUGGCCGCGAGGGCCUGGUAGACACCGCCGUGAAAACCGCAGAGACGGGCUACAUGCAGCGGCGUUUGGUGAAGUCCCUGGAGGAUCUGUGCUCCCAGUACGACCUCACGGUGCGAAGCUCCACCGGCGACAUCAUCCAGUUCAUCUACGGCGGAGACGGCCUGGACCCCGCCGACAUGGAGGGCAAGGACGAACCGCUGGAGUUCAAGAGGGUCCUGGACAACAUUCGGGCGGUCCACACAUGUCCAGACGAGCCCACGCUCAGCCAGGGCGAGCUGGUUCUCACGUCGGAAGCCAUCAUGAAGCGAGGUGACUUUGUGUGCUGCCGAGACAGCUUCUUGGAGGAAAUCCGAAAAUUCGUCAAGGGCAUCUCGGAGAGGAUCAAGAAGACCAGAGACAAGUAUGGCAUCAACGACAACGGCACCAGCGAGCCAAAAGUCCUCUACCAGCUGGACCGCAUAACCCCCACGCAGCUGAAGAGGUUUCUGGAAACAUGCAGGGACAAAUACAUGAGAGCGCAGAUGGAGCCGGGCUCGGCGGUGGGGGCCCUGUGCGCCCAGAGCAUCGGAGAGCCCGGCACGCAGAUGACCCUCAAGACCUUCCACUUCGCCGGCGUGGCUUCCAUGAACAUCACUCUCGGCGUGCCUCGCAUCAAGGAGAUCAUCAACGCCUCCAAGAACAUCAGCACGCCGAUCAUCACCGCGCAUUUGGACGUGGAGGACGACGCCGACUUUGCCCGGCUGGUGAAGGGCAGGAUUGAGAAAACGCUCCUGGGCGAGAUUUCUGAAUACAUCGAAGAGGUUUUUCUACCUGAUGACUGUUUCAUCUUGGUCAAAUUGUCCCUGGAGCGAAUAAGGCUUCUGCGACUGGAGGUGAACGCCGAGACUGUGCGUUACUCCAUCUGCAUGUCGAAGCUGCGCGUGAAGCCGGGAGACGUCGCCGUGCACGGCGAGGCGGUGGUGUGCGUGUCGCCGCGGGAAAGCAGCAAAAGCUCCAUGUACUACGUCAUGCAGUCGCUGAAGGCGGAGCUGCCGAAGGUGGUGGUCCAAGGUAUACCCGAGGUCACCCGCGCCGUCAUCCACAUCGACGAGCAGAGCGGCAAGAACAAGUACAAGUUGCUGGUGGAGGGCGACAACCUGCGUGCUGUCAUGGCGACCCACGGCGUGAAUGGAAGCAGGACCACUUCCAACAACACUUACGAGGUGGAGAAGACGCUGGGCAUCGAGGCGGCCAGGUCGACGAUCAUCAACGAGAUCCAGUACACCAUGACCAACCACGGGAUGAGCAUCGACCGGCGCCACGUCAUGCUCCUCGCCGACCUCAUGUCCUACAAGGGAGAGAUACUCGGAAUCACCAGGUUCGGCUUGGCCAAAAUGAAGGAGAGCGUCCUCAUGCUGGCGUCCUUCGAGAAAACGGCCGACCACCUCUUCGACGCCGCCUACUUCGGCCAGAAGGACUCGGUCUGCGGCGUGUCCGAGUGCAUCAUCAUGGGCAUUCCGAUGAACAUCGGCACCGGCCUGUUUAAACUGCUGCACAAGGCGGACCGGGACCCGCCCCUGGCCGAAAGGCCCCUGCUGUUCGACAACGCCGACUUUCACGUACCGCUCGUCACGUAACGUGGAACCUCCAAAGUUGAACGGCCACAAAGUGGCGCAAUGUGGAGUUGAACCACUCAAAAGUCAAACACAAAUCCCACGAGACUUGAGCUCGACGGCAAUUCGGCUGAGUCCAUCACGUGAUGUCACUGCGAGAAAUGUUCUCAGUGAGUAGGACCUCCGAUGACGUAGGAAGGAAGGCGUCCGGCUGCUCGGUACAAUUUGAGCAAUGCAAUGGAAUUAAGGCCUUAUUACGUCCAUCAAUACCCUGAAGUGGCCACUUUAUUUGAGUUAUUUACAUUUAUUCUAUGGUUGUUUACUUCCAUUUAUACUUUGGACGACAGUUAAGAAUGUUCAAAUAGGAAAGCAAUCAUAUUUCCUCAGGCAAAAUUUGUUUUCAAAAUAACUAAUGAAUUGCAUUUGACUUUCGAGCUUCCACUGUGUAUUAACGUGUAAUGGAAAUGAAUAAAGCGCUGUCAGAAACACACUUGAAUUACGCUUUCCUUACCGGCCCGCUCAUAACAUUGGAACUUUUCGAGAAUAAUCAUUUUCAGUGCGAACCUUAUAUGAUGGCUGCUAGUUUUGGCUCACUUGUGUUCAUUUCUGUUUCACUUGAAGGACCUUGAUCCCUUAGAUGCGAUUGAUUCUAAAAAACAAAAAACAAAGACAACACGUACAGUAUGUUUCCCAAAUGAAAAGAGACUCAUUUGAACACAGCAAUAUUUUCAACGACAAAAAACAUCCGACAAGAACGGUUUAGCCGUUGUUUCCAAGAAUCAUUACACAAAUCUUCCAAAUCCCCACAAUAAUAACAACGACUUUAUUCACAUUUCUAAACAAAGUGCUUUACAAUAACAUAUACAAACAAAACGAGACAAAAAGAAUCAAUAAAACACAUUUUGAGAAGAAAACCAACACCGAUAAAAGUGUGUUGGCCAAACAAUAAAAACGAGCUGGAAGAGAUUUAAAAGCAAUUAGCCUGCCCGGAAGAUCUCAAGCAAUAAUACAAUAAUCAUAAUAAUGUGAACCAUGAAGCAAACAAAAUAAUGAAACGGCUGCAGCCACAUUUAGCCUUGAAGUUCUUCAAAGACCUUGUAGCCAGGGUUCAUCUGGGCUACGGCUGUUUUGAAAUGCUUUUUGUAUUCAUUUGUAUUCUAUACAGUCCAAAUCAGCGAGGGUUUCAAAAGGUUUAGAUCCUUGUCCCAAUCUGAUCGAAUGGGUCGGAUCCUCUGCGAGAGUCGCAGUUUGCGGCGAGCUCGGUUUGAACGAUGGAGAGCUUUUCCCGACCUCCCCGCCUCGGUCGGCCGCGCGCCGCUUUGAGCCGUCGCCCGAGUCCGACUCCGACUCCGAGAAGGCCUCUCUGGUUUGCGCACGGGCGGGCCGCCGCGUGCGCUUCGAGAGCGCCGAGACGCAGCUCUUCUUGAAGUUCCCGUUCGUGAAGGCGUACACGACGGCGUCGUCGAAGCUGUUGAGCAAGCCGACGGCCCGCACGACGGCGACGAUCGUGUUGAGCGUCGCGUCGUCGUAUUUGUUCUCCGAGUCGUCUAAAGGAGCGGCAGACGGGGAAAAGUCGCGACUCCAGCGUCGCGGAGACGUACGACGUAAACGGCAAGACCUCAAGCUGUACGUAGUGGUAUUUACAGUAUUCGAAGAUCAUGUGGAAAGGUGACCAGCAAACGGUGAAGAGCAGAACAACGAUGACCAUCGUCUUAACCGCUCUCUUCUUGUUCCUGCAGAAGACAAACACAAAGUGAAAGACAACAGCUCUUGUCACGUGUCCUUCGCUUGAGGCUUUUGCCCAUCGUAUUCUGAGAAUAUAUACGGGACCUCCUCUAAUCCGAAAGGUCCACAGUUGUCUGAACAUCUCCUGCUCCACUUUUUACGUAAACUGCAUGGACAAAAAAAGAAAACGAUUGCAGUCUGUCAGUUCAGGUAAUGAGCUAGCCGUGGCUACCCUACGCUUCCAGCGCCUGUUAAUCGCUCCGACUUAGAUCAUUAACUUCCGUGCUUUGGAACUGAACAUCCCGUCCUUUACUUUUUCCAGAUGUCUUCUCACGUUGUCUUUUUGGGUCAACUCAAUGUGGACAAAAGGAUACGAACAAAGGCCGAAUCUUUGUGUUGAUGUCAUGAGCCACCUAAAGCUUCCAGGUCCCUUAGUGUCCCUGAUUUUUGAUGGUCAAGUUUCAUGUUUGGAAAAUUAACUUCUCAUCCCUCACUCGAUCCUGAGGGCUUCAGUCGACAAAGGGAUGCAAAUGGUGAAAUUAUUUUAAUUGACGUCAAAGGCUACCAGUUCCCUUAAUAGCACUGAUUUAGAUAAUCGAGUUCCACGCUUGGACAAUAAACAUCCCAAGCCUUUCUCGAGGUCCCAAUCCCAAAGUUGUCAGGAGAUCUCCUUUGUCAUUUUGACAAAAACUUUAGGCAAAACGAUGUGAAUGAACACAUGAGACCGGCACCCUUAAUAUCCCUGACUUAGAUCUUUAUGUUCCAUGCUUAGAAAAUGCUCACUGCCUUUAACAUGGUACACAUUUAUUAUCAAUGUACCAAAUACAUAAAAAUAAAACGGGUUGUGUUAAAUGGUCAAAAUAAUGGAUUUGGAGCUGUAAUUGCGAUAGCGCCGUAAUAUUUUUGCUGAAGGUUGUUAUCCGAAGGUGAUGGCGGCUCGUGCCUCGUGAUGACACAACAUGACGCUCGAAUUCCCAACGUGCACAAACGCUGCUGCUACAUGGCCGGCACUUGCGCGCGUGUGUGUGUGUGUUUGUCAGAUAGCGAUUCUGGAGGAGCAGCUGAGUCAUUACAACAAAAAGGUUUGAUGCUGGCUUUUUGUUGAAUUGACGCUUUCAAGGUUUGAUGUUCAGCCGUUGAAAUUGGCCUGUUGUUCUAUGCAAAUAAAGUUGCCUUGUCCCAGUGUUUUGUGGAAAAUGCUUCUUGGCGGAAUAUGGGUUACAUUUGUGUUUUCAAUGCAAUUUUAAUGGCUGUCCGUUCUUCACAGAUUUUCGCUAUUCGCGGUGGAUAGAGACGAGGGCCGACGGGGGUGGAUUGUGUAUGAAAAAAAAAGUCCUUUUUGAGGUUAAUUUGAAGGGUUUUCAAAUGGAUAUUUUCUCCUACGAUAACCUCCCUAUUCCUAUCUGCGGCUGCCACAACGGACGCAGCGAUUGCAGACGCCUCGGCCUCCUUCUCGGGCAUUGUAUGUUUAUGAUCGGCUUGUUUUGGUCAGUGGUCAGUUUACUGUAGGAUAAUAAAUCGAAGCGAAUGAUACAACUAAACACCUGCUGCUGUUGGCAAAUAUUAAAAUCUGGUCUCUUUUUUCUCUGUGCUGUUUUGAAUGGUAUUAAUGCAGUUUUCCUUCUUACCUUCGUGCAUUGAUUGUGUAUGAAGUCUCUUUGGAAUUUCAGAAAACUAUAGAGUGGUGCUAGUGGUUGCAUUCUUGGAAAAUAAAGCCCAGUGCUUCUCAGCAAGUGGGUAAGAAACAUGGGUUAAGAGUUAGCUGCCACGCACGUGUAUCCCAAAAAGAAAAAAGAAAAAUCACAUAGCUCCAAAUCCGACUGGUUAGCACAUCUGCCUCACGGUUUUGAGGGCCGGGGUUCAAAUCCCGGCCCCGCCUGUGUGGAGUUUGCAUGUUCUCCCCGUGCCUGCGUGGGUUUCCUCCCACAUCCCAAAAACACGCACGGUAUGAAGACUCUAAAUUGUCCGUAGGACAUGUGAAUGUGAGUGCUAACGGUUGUUUGUUUCUAUGUGGCUGGC